CGCCAGCUUAUUAAGGAGUAGGGAAUAUUAGGGAGGGAGGAAGGAAAACGUGCAGGAUUACAAAGAUUUGUCAAUUGUCAGUGUCAUAGUAUCAUAUUAACUCAUGACAUUUUUUUGUAUGAACCAAAGAAAUAAUAUAUUUCCUUAAUUUCUUUUAUUUUACAAUCCACACGAAGUCUUAAUAGAAAAACUGAUAUGUAACCUUUAAAAGUGAUACACAAACUAGUCUUGUUUGGUAUAAAACAACACUAGAUUUAAAUCAAUAAAUGUACAAUAAUGAGGACUAGAAAAACAUUUGCAAUACUUGGUGCAGGCUUAAUAUUGGGUGGUUGCGUGAUGAUAUACUUAAUGAUGGAUCUAGUACUUUUUCCACCUGGACAAGGACCUAAACUUUCUGUAAAUGAUAAUCAAUGGUUACAUUUUGAGAAUAGAUUAGCAAAGUUAGAGAAAGAUUUCAAUAAGCACCACGAAGUCAUGGAUGCUUUACGUGAAGUGGCUGAAGCAAAACAUUUUGUCCCUAUAGCUCAUUCCAUAAAUCGGUAUAAUCAAUCCUUAUCUUCAAGUUCCUCCCAUUUAGGAAAAGUACUUACAUGUAACUUUAAUAUACAGAAAGUACCAGAAGUAGAUAUACAAAUGCUAGAAAUAUAUAGACAACUCGAAUUUGAUAAUAUCGAUGGUGGAGUUUGGAAGCAAGGAUGGGAUAUUACAUAUGAUGAUAAACAAUGGCAUCCAAACAGAAAGUUGAAAGUUUUUGUAGUUCCACAUUCUCAUAAUGAUCCUGGAUGGCUCAGCACUUUCGAGAAAUAUUAUACACUACAAACUCGAAAUAUCUUAAACAAUAUGGUACCAAAAUUAGUAGAGGAUAGAAGACGUAAAUUUAUUUGGGCAGAGAUAUCAUUUUUUCAGCUUUGGUGGGAGGAUCAAUCAAAAACAACUCGUAAUUUAGUCAGACGUUUAAUUCAUGAUGGUCAAUUGGAAAUUGUAUCAGGAGGGUGGGUCAUGCCAGAUGAAUCUGUAUCUCAUUGGAUUGCUCAACUCAUGCAACUUACUGAAGGUCAUCAAUGGUUAAAACAUAAUUUAGGUUACACACCAAAUUCAGGCUGGGCUAUUGAUCCCUUUGGUCUUUCUCCAACUAUGCCAUAUCUCUUGAAAAAUGCUGGACUAGAAAAUGUAUUGAUACAAAGGGUACAUUACUCGGUUAAAAAAAAAUUGGCCAGAGGAAAAAAUUUAGAAUUCCGUUGGAGGCAAUUAUGGGACAAUAAUGGAUCAACAGAGAUUUUCACUCAUGUUAUGCCAUUUUAUAGUUACGAUGUACCACAUACUUGUGGCCCAGACCCAAAAAUAUGUUGUCAAUUUGACUUCUUUCGACUUCAAAGUUUUGGAUUGACCUGUCCAUGGAAAAUAUCUCCACGCACUAUAACUAAAGCAAAUGUUGCUGAAAGAGCUGCUUUAUUACUAGAUCAAUAUCGAAAGAAAGCUCAACUUUUUAAGACUGAUGUGGUACUAGCACCAUUAGGAGAUGAUUUUAGAUAUACUCAGUUUACUGAAUGGGAUGCUCAAUAUAUUAACUAUCAGAAACUGUUUGAUUAUAUGAAUAAAAAUGAACAAUUGAAUGUGCAAAUUAAAUUUGGAACGUUAAGCGAUUAUUUUGAUGCAGUUAAAGAGAAGCAUAAUUUGAGUGACUUUCCUACUUUGUCAGGAGACUUCUUCACAUACGCUGACAGAGAUGAUCAUUAUUGGAGUGGAUACUAUACUACAAGACCUUUUCACAAACGAUUAGACCGUGUACUAUUGAGUUUACUACGAGCAUCAGAAAUAUUAAAUACUAUAGCUUGGACUAAAAGCAAUGACAAAUUAGUGGAAGGAACUCUUGCUCAACGACUAAGCAAGGCAAGGAUGUGGCAUUCUUUGUUUCAACAUCAUGAUGGUAUCACUGGAACUGCUAGAGAUGAAGUAGUCAUAGAUUAUGCUAAGAAGAUGAUAAUGGCUUUAAACAAUUCUGCUCAUGUACUUCAACAAUCUGCAAUACACUUAUUAAAAACUCCUCCAGAAUCUACAGUAGAUGUAGAAGCUGUGCAUAUAACACUUGAUGAGACCAGAUUACGUCAUACCAGCGCCGGAGACAAACAUGUACUAAUAUUAGGAGAUGAAGAUCCUUCCAAGAAAGUUAUCUUGUACAAUUCUCUUCCAAGGCAAAGAACGAAAGUACAAACCCUAGUUGUAUCAACUCCAUAUGUCAAAGUCACUGACCGCAUGGGUCAACCAGUCCAAUGUCAAAUUUCUCCAAUUUGGAUUGGUCCUGCUGCAUUAACUGCAGCUAGAUAUGAGUUAUCGUUUCUAGUAACUGUACCAGGAUUUGGUAUUGCAACUUAUAUAAUUCAUGCUCUACCUAAAACUUCAUUUCCAUUAGAAGUACACCUUGCUAAUGUGACCGUUUACAAUACGGAUAUCAAUCUUCAUAAAAUACCAGGCUUUGAUCAAAUUCAGGUAGUAUCAAGUGCCCAAGAAUUCUCAAUUACUCAAAGGCCGGACUUCUCUGCAUCAUUCGGUAAAUCUGGCCUUUUGAAAGCUUUAAAAGUUGGUAAUACUACAUUCCCUGCUCACAUGGAAUUUGUUAAGUAUGGGACCAGGGGUUCUGGUAAAGAUAAAAGUGGAGCUUAUUUGUUUUUACCUGACAAACCAGAACCAGACUUAGUAUUUACAGAUAAUAAGUGUAUUAUACAUUUGAUAACUGGGCCCAUCGUCUCUAAAGUAUUUGUAGAAUUAGCCCAUGUACGCCAUACUUGUAUAUUGUAUAAUUCACCUGGUAGCGAUGGGCUUGGACUACAUAUACUUAAUGAGGUCGAUAUAUCAGAGACUCAAAAUUACGAACUUGCUAUGAGAUUGAAUACAGAUAUAGCUUCGGGAGAUCAAUUUUUCACUGAUUUAAAUGGACUUAAUAUGAUUAAGCGUCAAAGAUUUCCAAAACUUCCUAUUCAAGGAAAUUACUAUCCAAUGGCAUCAAGUGCAUACAUAGAAGAUAAAAGAGCAAGAUUAACGGUGGCAACAGCACAACCAUUAGGUGUAAGUUCCAUGGAAUCAGGGCAAAUUGAAAUAAUGCAAGACAGAAGACUACUUCAAGAUGAUAACAGGGGAUUAGGUCAGGGUGUCACUGAUAACCUAUUAACAAAUCACUGGUUUAUGUUCAUCCUUGAAAAAAGAAAAUCUUCGUGUCAAUCUCCAUCACCACCGGCAAAUCACCCAGCAGGAUUAUUAUCGUUAUAUGGUCAUUUAGCUUCAGAAGAACUGCUGCAUCCAAUAAUUGCAAUGCAUCCUCAAAAUAUUGUAGGAUUUGAUUUAAAUGCGUUUUUUUCACCACUUCGCUAUGAUCUUCCUGUAGAUUUAAAUGUUGUGAGUUUUAGAGUGUUCCCAAUACCUGAUGGAGCUGGUAAAGGUAUUGGAAUGGUUUUACAUCAAGUAGGUUUAGACAUGUGUUGGAACGAUAAUUCUUAUCAGCGAUACUUUAACAUCUCUGAAUCAGGAGAAGUCGAUUUAACUAAGCUCUUUAAUUACGUAGAUGAUUGGGUUAUAAGCCAAGCUCCUCUUACAUUCCAUAAUGUAGGGCCAUCUUUGAAAUCACCGAUUGUCAAUUUAUGUCCACACCAAAUAUUACCAAUUUUGUUUCAUAAAACGCAAUCGUAAAUUUAAAGAGAAAUUAGUUCUUUAUUUUUGUAUAGUUUGAUACAAAACUACUCUUUUUUCUUCAUUACUGAUCCACUGUCAACGGCCUUACUCACAAUAACAUAGUGCAAUAGAUCAGAUACAGGUGGACUAGUUUUGUCCAGUUUAUACCUACGGCAUAAGCAUAUUUACUUGAGCAUAACUAGAUUGUUUACAAUAUGCUUUGUACAGUAAAAUAGCAUAAUCUAAAAUUUAUAUUGCCUAACAAUGAUUUAUAAUAUUUCUCAAAUUAAAUGUAAGUAAAUCUGAAUAAUGAAAUUAUAAUUUUUAUUCGACGACACUGUGCCGUAUCAAGAAAUAAAUGACGAAAAAAAGAUUUUUCUUUAUGAAAAACUUUCACUAUUUAAAAAGCAAAUAUUUUGUUUUUUAUAAAGCUUAGACUUGACUGACAGACUAUUCCUUUACUUGCAUUUUGUCUUUCGCUAACUACAUAUUUUAUGUGGACUGCCCACAGGCAUGUGCCCAUAGACAAUUGUCCACCAGUCUACAUUAGACAUAAGAAGUAUUUAUUUGACAUAAGCAUAAUUAUAUGAAUAGAAAUACUUAAUUACAAAGUAAAAAUAUGCUUUCAUGCUAGUCGUAUCAAUAUCCUAAUAAAAAUGUAA